AAUGCCGAUUGUCAAUGCGCUGUUGUUCCUCGGCUGUUGCUGAGUGCGUACACACCACAGAAGCCGGCGGAUUGUCGCUGGUCAACUGUCGCCAGUGCGUACACAUCAAUUGAACUGUCUGCGGAUUGUGUUUGUGUGUGUGUGUCCGCUUUCUUCGAAGGACAAUUCCAGUGCAAUCUGAUUAGCUGUCAUUCCCAAACACGCAAGGAAAACGGAUUCCGAUAGAAAUGUGAAGCUAAAAAACCACAAAAGUAUUUUUCGUGCUGUCUCCAAAAACGGAAAUGUAGCAAAGUCAUUUCAACGGCUCCUUUUUGAGGUCGAGAAACACUGACGAGAAAGAAUUGAGGAAUAUCUUAAACCACAACAAACCACAGAAAAACAAAACUAAAACUAAUUAAGGACUAUUAAGAGACUGCUAAAAGGAACAACAACUCUACAGAUAAACAACAACAAAAAACCCCAGGAGAAGAAAGACUAGAAUUAAUCAUAAUACCAAUAGUUUAACAAACAAAAAAAAAACAAAACCACGAGAGACAAAAACCCAUACACACACACACACACACUCACACACACCACCACCACAAAAAAGUAAUUGAAAACUUAAUUGAAAAUUCAAACAAACAAAAGCAAAGUAUUUUCGGACAAACAGCCAACCGGAUACCGACUAUUAUUAUUAUAUUGAACGCUUAGGAAGAAUCACUUUUAGCCUUAUAUACAAAAGAAAACAGAAAACAGAAAACUCAAAACAAACAAAAUCCAAGCAACAAACAAAGUAUAAGUUUAAGGGGGAGAAAUAGAUGCCUAAGGUUCAAGAUUCAAGAUUCAAGAUAUUCAAUAUUCAAGAAACAAGAAACAUUGUCAAUAUGGCCGAUUUAAGGGAUACAGUUUCGGGACCAGGCACUAGCCCGGCAAACGGUACCGCCAGUCCGAGCGUCUAUCAAGGCCGGCCUCCUUCUGGGAGUUCUUCUGCUGCUGACAUAGUCCCCAAGGUUGAGAUCAGACAAGAUCUGAAGCCAUUGCCUCGCAUCAAACUAGCUCUAGUGAACGACGGAGCCAGCGAGCCACCGACGAGAAGCGAAGGAGGAAGCCAGCGAGGUGGAGGAGCAGGGGAACGUGGCUCUCCACCGAUCUACGAUAUUGGAUUGGGAUUAGAACACGUGUCUUUAAACGGAGCACAGGAAAAAAAAGUCCAUCCGGACGUCCUCUACGAAUGCUUGAGCCCGACGACCGGCACUAUAACCUACAGUAAGCGAGAUCCCGACGACCAGAACGGAGAGAAGAAGUCUACCAAGGCGGCUAAAUCGCUAGAGUAUCUAACGAUACCAGAGCUGCUAGACCUUUGCGUGAAGAAGCAGGCCAAAGGGCACGGAGCAGGGAUCUUGCGGGUGCUCGACCUGCGCACCAAGGAGACGAAGCAGAGGGACGCAGAGCGAGCCCUACGUCAUCAGGAGCACUUGCGGGAGCUAGCGCGCUGCCAGCAGCGGCAAAGGCAGAAGGCGCGAGCCCAAGAGCAGCAGCGGCUCGGUAAGGAGAGGCUCAGGAAGAGACAGCAGGACGAGGACAAGGCCGCGAAAGAAUUGGAGACGCUGAGGAAGGACAUUGAGCACCAGAUCAAGGUGCAGAGGGACUCGGAGGCGAAGUGGAACCGCAUAAAGGAGGAAAGGGAUCGAGAAAUAGAACGGCAAACGGUGUUAAGAAAGCGCGGGCAGAAAGAACAAUUGGAGGAAGAAGAGCGGCGGCAGAGACUCGAAGUGCUCAGGCAGAUAGAAGAGAAGAGGGAGCUAGAGAAGCGCCAGGAGGAGCAGUUGAAGCUGGAGCUAGAGCAGCAGAGGGAGAGAUUCAUGCAACACCAGAAGCUGCACACAGAAGCCCUCUACAGCCAUCCCCUGUUCGGAGAUCUCUAUCCGCACGAGUACAGCAGUAACAACAACAGCAACAGCAACAGCACCACGACGACCUCGUCGACGACAUUCCCACACACAGCAUCCUCCUGUUCGUCGCUGAUGCAAAACGAAAUGGUUAGCAUACCGAUGGCCAAUCUGAAUGGCGGCCUCAAGGCGGCGUCUGGACCGGCCGGUGCCUCGGCCACUGGCGGGGGCGUGCGAUACUUUUCGCAGUUUAGCAAAUCGGCCACCGCCAGCACGACCGCGAUGGUGCACCAGCAGCAGCACCAACAGCCCCAGCAGCAGCAUCAGCAGCAGCAGCUGCUGCAGCGGAAGCCAACAGCCAAUGGCGAUCUCCACGCGAAUGGCAGAGUGGCGGCUAUCGUUCCCAAUGGGAUGCGCAUCAAAACGGAGCAACAAGAUUUGCUGCUGGAGUCCCUAACUGUGAUCAAACCAGAUGUGAUUUUCAAGACGGAGGCCACAGCAGCAGCAGCAGCAGCCGCACAGACGCCACCGGCAGUGGCACCGGCAGCAUCAGCAGCAACAGCAGAGCCAAUAGAAGCUGCUCCUGUCUCAGAUGCACCAUUGGCGCUGCUCAGCAACCAGCAACAGGCAGCAGCAGCAGAGGCAGACGACCCAGAGCUGGACAUUGUGAUCAACAAUGUGGUGUGCUCGUUCAGCGUGCGAUGCCACCUCAAGCUGAGGGACAUUGCGUUGCGCGGCUGCAAUGUGGAGUACCGCAGGGAGAACGGCAUGGUAACCAUGAAGCUGCGACGUCCCUAUACGACGGCCUCCAUUUGGUCAUCGGGCAGGAUCACCUGCACAGGGGCCACCUCUGAGAUAAUGGCCAAGGUGGCAGCCAGACGGUACGCCCGGUGCCUGGGUAAACUCGGUUUUCCCACACGCUUCCAGAACUUUCGCAUCGUGAAUGUUCUGGGUACCUGCAGCAUGCCCUGGGCCAUUAAGAUUGUCAACUUCUCGGAGAAGCAUCGGGACAACGCCAGCUACGAGCCGGAGUUGCAUCCGGGUGUCACGUACAAGAUGAAAAUGCCAAAGGCCACGCUGAAGAUCUUCUCCACGGGAAGCAUUACAGUGACAGCCGCCAGCGUGAAUGAUGUUGAAUCCGCCAUACAGCAUAUCUAUCCACUGGUCCAUGAGUUCCGCAAGCAGCGAUCGCCCGAGGAGCUGCAGCAUUUAAGGGCUAAGCAGAACAAAAAUGCCGGAAUAACUGGCACCCCCGCCGCCGCCAGCAGCAUCACCGAUGCCAGCGAAAGCCGGAUACUGGAGGAUCAGAUCCUCACGCAGUCGAAGACUCAGUCGCGCAGCGAUAUCUUGGUGAAUGCCACCGCUGCCCAUAGCAAGUCAAUACCUGGCAGUGCGGCUGGGGAUCUGGUUAACGCAGCGGUCUGCAAUGUGCAGCGGCUGAAGCAGAUCGAAUCGUAUCGCCAGCUGUCGAGUCAGACGCAGGAGGAGCGCCGCCAUAUACCCUUCCCCAGGGACAAGUCGGAGGCCGGGCUGUUCCCCCAUUCGACACCCAGGUCGCCACCGGGCGACAAUAUCUGUGCCAAUGCCCGGCGACGGGCCACCGAGUGCUGGGCCACCAAGCUGCAGAACAAGCGUCCGCGCUACAACGAUCCCAGCUUACUGGCGGCGGGCAAGACAACGACAUCGACAUCGACGAGCUCCAUCGCCUCCUCCACCGCCUCCUCCUCAUCAAAUCCCGCCAUCCAAUCCACCACCACUAUCAGCACCACCAGCGCAUCCGCCACCACUAUUACGGGCCCCAUUCUGCCGCUCUCAUCGCUAACGCCCAUUGGGACGAUCAGUGGCAGCAGGCCAUUUGGCCUGAUGGCCGCACGCACAAUGAUCCCAGCCACGGGGACGAUUAUCAAGAUCAAGCAGAGCUGCAUUAAGCCAUUGAAUCGCAAUGCUCUGGCCGCAUUCACCGCUGCCUCCAGUGGUAGCAUCGCUACCGCCGUCAAUGCCACUGCCACAGCCACAGCCAACGUUGCUGGUGGCUCUGCUUCUGCCGUCACCCUAGCGGCGACCAAGAGGGAGCGGCAGUUGAGCAACAACUCGGAUUUGGAUAUUGAAUCGGGCUGGCCAUGAUGUGGGAUGAUUGAGUGAUUGACCAGAGACAGACACGGAGAUGGAGAGACAACAGAGAGACAAAGGGAAAGAGAUAGUGAGAGAGGGAGAGAGGAACAAUAUAUCGUCGUUGCCUAUGCCAAAAUAUAUAGAAAUUAAAGCAAAACCCAAACAAAAUACAACACAAAAACAAACAGAAAAACACAGAGACCGAAAGAAAAGAAGAGGAUGGGAAAGUUUCUUUCAGUGUUUCUUGAACUUCAUUUUCGAUUCGAUUCAAUUCAUGUCUUGUGUUGUUCUCUGCAUUUAAACGAAGGAAGGAAACGGAGGACACCAACGCAGAACGAGAAUCGCGACUAAAACAAGAGCCAAAAAUUUAAUACUAAGAUUUAUGUGUAAUUUCAUCCCCCAAUCAACAACACACAAUCCCACAAGAAAAGCAGAGAUCCGAGAAUGGUAUUGCACGUACCAUGCGCAUCCCACAAGUAAAAUCAUCCUAGAUAUAGAAUUCAAUUUCAAAAAGGCAAUAUACGGUUUAUAUUCUAAUCUAUAUUCUAUAAUACGUAGAGACAUUCAGUUACGUAGACCCCCCUUAGUUUUUUUUUUUGUAUUUAGUUAUAUUUGAACAAACCACCGCCUAAUGAAAGAAAAUACUGUAAAAUGAAUCAGAUACAUCGUAUAUAGCCAGAAAGAGAGAGAGAGAGAGAGAGAGAGAAACGGAGACGUAGAGUGAGUGGAAGAAGGAAAACAUUCAGUCAGUCACACCCCCUCCCCAGCCUUAAAAAAUAAGCAAUAGGAAGUAUAGAGAGGAGUAAAAGGCGCACUCAGUGCCUUUAAUCACACACACACACACAUUUAAAAACGAUUUUGUAAGCCUUAAACCAAUCCAAAAACAAACAAGCAAUAGAAGCACUCAAGUGCCUUCCAAAAGAAUUAAAUACGAGACACCACGAGACACGCUCACACACACACACACACACACGUAUGAUCAAACCAUCAGUCAGUCAGUCAGUCAGUCAGGCCGUCGGUAAAUUGAUUUGUUUUCCUUCUUCGAAAGAGAUUUCUCCGAAGAAGAACCCCCCAAACACACACACACAAUUUAGUCUAAUUUCUAAAAUAAUAAUAUGAAUUAAAAUUAAAAUAUAAAUAUAGUAUAUAAUUUUUUUUUAUUGUUUUGUUUUAACUUUAAGUUUAAUUAAGUAAUCUUAAGGGCAGAAAGCUACUAUCGAACAUUCAGAUGUUAUGGUAGGGAAACAACAAAUGUUUCGAUUAACACACACAUGCAUACAAUAAUACAUGCAUAUACAUAUAUAUAUAUAUAUAUGUGUGUGUGUGUAUAUAUAUAUAUUUACUAUAUGCUACAUACAUUUAAGCAUACGAAACACACCUAUAUCUGGUCACUUGUAAACCAAUAACAAGCAGAACUAAUGCUAUAGCUAUAGAACUAUAGUAUAGUAAUAUUUGUAAUUAUUUGUAACACACACACACACACACACACACACACAUACUUUAUACAUUGCAUACACACACGAAACACAAAAACACAAACACACACACACAAACUGAAAGGAAACAAAAACAAUUAUCAUGAUAGCCUUACACUCAAAGCUUACAAACAGAUGACGAUUACCGAUUACCGACUACCGACUACCGACUAUCGAUUACCAAUUACCGAUGGCGGACGAUAAUUCUAAGUGUUUAUUCUUAAUACAAUAAGUUUUUUUCUCCUCUUAAAACUAUUAUCGCAUAGGUAUCCCAAACACACAGAUACACAGAUACAAAAACACACAUCAAUAUACAUAUAUUGAACGAUAACCAGACAUAUUUAUCCAUAUAUAUUUUUUCUUAUUUAUAAUGCAAAAACCAACUUAAGUGUAGAUUUUAGAAACUUGUUCCUGUGUUGUUAACAAAUUGAGAAAUGAGAAAGCAAAAAGCAUGCAUACAUUUAGUUGAAGCAUGCACACACACAAACACACACACACACACAUCCACACACAACAUGCAUACGUACACAUAUACAUACUAUAAUUAAGUAAUGACAAACAAACGAAAAGCAAACCAACAAAUACGAAUCGUUAGCAAUAAUAAAACAAAGCAAAAUAA